UCAAUUCAUGUUCAUGUAGCUUUGGAGUUUGGAUGUGUUGGUUGAUCAUUUGAUAAGUGAAAGAAAAAGAAAGGAAAAUACAUCAAGUUGGCUUGAUAAUUUGUUAAGUUAUUUAUUGAUUUAUUUAAUUUAAAACAAAAUGCGUAUUGAAACGUGUUAUUUUUGUUCAUCAAGAAUAUAUCCAGGACAUGGAAUACAAUUUGUUAGAAACGAUUGCAAAAUAUUUAAAUUUUGUCGUUCAAAAUGUCAUGCAGCAUUUAAGAAAAAGAAGAAUCCAAGAAAAACUAAAUGGACAAAAGCAUACAGAAAAACAGUUGGUAAAGAAUUGGCUGUUGAUCCAUCAUUUGAAUUUGAGAAACGUAGAAAUAUACCAGUUAAAUAUAACAGAGAAUUAUGGCAAAAGACUGUAGAAGCAAUAAGAAAAAUUGAAGCAAUUAGACAAAAACGUUGUAAUAUACAUAUCAUGCAAAGACUACGAAAAGGUAGAGAGCUUGAUGAAGAAAAAGAUGUCAAAGAAGUCCAGAAGAAUUUAUGUCUUAUUAGAUCACCAGCUUCUGGUCUUAAAGAUCAAAAAUUGGCUGAAGAAGAAGCUGAUAAUGAUGAUGAAUCAAUGCAAGAUUCUGAUGAAGAAAUGGAUGAUGAACCAAUUGCAAUUGAAGCAUAAUUUAAUCUGUACAUCUUAUGAAUUUUUAAAACAUUAUUUAUACAUUGUAAAUAUUCUUUUUUUUUUUUUUUUUUU